GUCAGUCUUCUAACCGAACCCAGAUCCGACAAAGAGGGUCGUUCGCCUAGGAGGGGUGGUUCUUACAGCGCAGCAUUUUACUUUGAUCCAGCAGAAAGCGACAUCUACUUCGGAGGGGACUCGGCAAGAAACAUAUUUUCCAGCGGCCUUGCGCCUAAGCACGUGGAUCAAAGCACCACUGGUUAUUGCGAGAAUGGGUAUCGGUAUGAUGCGAGGUGUAACGGCGAGGACUGGCACC